AUGGCUGCAGCAGCACCACCGUCGCAGCCGAAAGAGUUGUCGAACACGAAGACUACUUAUUUUUUUACCUUCGGUGACUCUUAUUCCCAAAGCGGUUUCGAUGUUACAGGCGUGCAGCCAUCACCUUCAGACCCAAUGGGUAAUCCGGCAUUGGGCGCUGGACUCAACUGGAUUGAGGACCUGGUAACAGUGGACAACUCCUCCCUGAUCCUCGGAUACGACCUCGCCGUUGGAGGCGCAACCAUCGACAACCACAUCGUCAACGCUACCGUCCCGGAUGUGGUGACACAAGUAGGUAGUUUCCAAACCUAUUAUGACAACAAGCCCGCCUCCGCGCCGUGGUCUUCGAACGAUGUCGUUUUUGGAUUUUGGAUUGGGAUCAAUGAUGUCGGCCGGGCAUUCUCGAGCUAUAACGCGAGCGACACGGUCCCCCUCCUGAUUAACAAAUACCAAUCUGUAGCGGAGGAACUCUACUCUGAUGGUGGACGCAAAUUCUUGUUUCUCAAUGUCCCACCUACGAGUCGGUCCCCAUAUAUCCUUGAUCAGGGGCCGGACGUGGUGGCAGCGCACGCGGCAUGGUUAAAGGUAUUUAAUGAAGGACUCAGCUCGAUGGUGAAAGAUUUUGGAGCGAAGCACCGAGACGCAACGCCAAUCCUCUACGAUUCGUGGUCCUUUAUGACAAAUGUCCUCGACCACCCCCAUGCAUAUGGGUACCCGAAUGCAACCUGUAUCAAUGACGAUGGUAUCAGCUGUGUUUGGUGGAAUAACUAUCAUCCAGGUCAGAAGUAUCACAAGCUGCAAGCUGCUGAUAUGAAGAAGUAUCUUCACCCUUUUGGGGCGUGGUAG